AAGGGUCCAAGAAAAAAGUACACAGAGGGAGUAUUUCAUGGCAGUAGAGACUACAGAUAUAUGAAUAUAUCUCUGCUCGCAAAACCAUAGGGAAAAAGUAGCUUUUUUUAUCCAUCUUCCUCCACGCCCAACAAGUUGGAAAAGGGAGAAGAGCUGAAAAUUUUACUAGAAAAAGAGUUUCUUUCUUCAAUUCCUUAUAAUUAAGAGGAACUUCUCUCGUAGAGAUCUUUCAUCCUUUAUUUUACAGUAUGUGGGCAUAAUCUAUUUCCCUGCACAAGAAGUACGUUGAGGGUUGUUUUAUUGCCAGCCUACAUGGAUGAGAAAGGUGGACUGGGUAUUAGGAAUUGGGAUUUCUCAGAACAGUCUGUAGGCGUAGAUGCAGUACUGAAGCCUGUCUCAGGAGUCCCAGUCCCCAGUGGAACAUCUGGACAUCAAGCUGCCUUUUUGAAGAUGGGGGCAUAUGCCAACAGAAACUCCAUGGUUCCUCAAGCUGAUACAGGAGCAUCUACCAUGGAGUAUGGAGGGCACUGUUGGGUUCAUCCAAGAAACUUCCUGCCUCCAAACAAAGCCAAUCCAAGUCUACAAGCAACUCCACUGAACACAGAAACGGGACUUCCUGUUGUUCCCACUGGUUUGGGUGUUCCAACUGAUGGACACAAUAAUGAGUUUGGUAGUAAAUCCACAAAGAUAAGAAAACAGCAACCUUCUGCAAAGAAGGCUAAUCGUGUUGCCUCUAAAGCCCUGAGACCAAAGCAACCCAAAAAGAAGCCUUCUGUCUCUACAACUACAAAGAAAAAGAAUAAUUCUAUGUCAACAGCAAAACAUGAGAAGAAAAAUUUGGAUAUUGUUAUAGGUGGAGCCACCCUAGAUUUUUCACGGAUACCUGCUCCUAUCUGUUCCUGCACUGGUGUAGCUCGGCAGUGCUACAGAUGGGGUGCUGGUGGAUGGCAGUCCUCCUGUUGUACAACAAACAUAUCUGAGUAUCCUCUCCCAAUGAGUUCCAAAAGGCCUGGAGCACGCAUGGCUGGGAGGAAAAUGAGUAAUGGUGCAUAUGCAAAGCUUCUUCAGAGACUCGCAGCUGAAGGUCAUGACCUCUCUCAUCCAGUUGACUUGAAGGACCACUGGGCUAGACAUGGUACCAAUAAGUUUGUUACAAUUAAAUAGAGACUAAAACUAGUUUGUUCUACAUUUCUUUUCUCUACUUUUAGAAUUCAAGUGUUCUCUGUUUAGAUAUGGGCAUAUGGCUCUUGCUUAUCCCCGAGACAUCAUGUAAGAGCAGUUUGUAAAGAUGGUAUUCUAGGUCAUAUCACAAGGACCAGGACUAGGUUCUUCUGAUCUGAAAUUAGUCAGGUUUUUAAUCUAUCAAGAAGUGAUACUACUUACAUUGGUUGUAAAUGAUUUCUCCUCUAUUCCAUUUGAAUUUCUUCAUGCUA